UGUUUCGGAAGUAAACAAACCUUACACCGUUCCGACUCGAGCCAGUCACUAGACUGAUUGGCCAGAUAUUCAGACAGACCGUUGUUGUGUUGUUUGUUGUCAGCAGAUAAUGUUUCAGUUGACUGUGUGUAAUAGAUAGAUUUGUGACCUCAUCUGGUGCAAGAGGAAGUGUAACACAACAGUGCCACCAUGUCAAGGAAACAGUCUACGAAGCCCAUCCAAAGGAACAAGAAGUGUGAAAUAGAGAGGAAAAGGGAUGAUAGGGCGGCCCGCCGGGCUCUGGCUAAAGACCGUAAAAACCGGCCACCAGGAGAGGACGUAGAGGAGUUUGUCAGCUUCUCCAACCAGCUUCAAGCUCUGGGUCUUAAACUGAGAGAGGUACCUGGAGAUGGAAACUGUUUGUUUAGAGCUCUUGGUGAUCAGCUGGAAGGACAUUCACGAGGUCACCUGCGCCUCCGACAGGAGACGGUGCAGUACAUGUCGACACACAGGCUGGACUUUGAGCCUUUUGUGGAGGAUGAUGUGCCAUUUGCUAAGCAUGUGUUAAACCUCUCACAGCCAGGCACGUUCGCCGGCAACGACGCAAUCGUGGCCUUUGCUCGCAGGCAACAAGUGAAAGUGGUUAUUCAUCAGCUAAACGCUCCAUUAUGGGAGAUUAAUGGUACAGAGAAAUCUACAUACCGGGAGCUUCACAUCGCAUAUCGCUAUGGAGACCACUAUGACAGCGUCAGAAAGAUUGGAGAUAACUCGGAGGACCCGGCGCAUCUGUGUAUAGAGAAGCUGAAUAAUUCCAGACGGUUUGGAGACGGUCAGAAGGACAACCACAGAGACCCAUCCCCUUCUCAGUCUCUCACUGAAGAUGAAGAGCUGAUCUUGAGUUUAGUUUGUGCUGACAGUCAAUCAGAGAAUCUUUGUCAACCAAGUGCCACGUCACAGAAGUGCCAUAGUGACUGGAUGGACUCUGAGCUGAAUAACCAAUUAGCAGAGAGAGAUUCUGCGUCAGAGACACACCCUCUUUUCCAAAGCAUGCAAGCGGAAUGUAGUGAAAUCAAAUCAACAACAGAGGGCAGCAUCUCACAUAAACUCAAGCUCUCUAGUAAACAACGGAAAGAACAACAGCGCCGAGAAAAGAAGAAACGUCAGGAGGAGAGACACAGGCAGAAGGUUUUACAGGAGAGAGGGUCACAUGACCAGAAUCAAAAUCCACCUGAAGCCGUUACUCUCGUGCCGGCGCUCAACACCCUGAGCAUUUAGAUCAAACGUGGGUGGGACUGAUCCUCAGUUUUUGUGGUCUGUGUGCAGUGAAUGAAUGACGGACUGUGUUGGGUGUGGGUGCGUUUCUUUAGUUUGAAAGUGACACGUGAAGUAUUGUCUAUCAGUUUGUUCUUCUUGAAUAAAUUGCUGAUUGUU